AUGGCAGGCAAGAAGAAAGAAACCCAGCUCCAGGCUGUAAUAACUGAUGAAAACCAAUGGGAUGAAAUGUUGCUGAUAAAAGGUGUAGUAGUAAUAGACGUGUAUCAAGCUUGGUGCGGUCCUUGCAAAGCUGUGUUGAAUUUAUUCAGAAAACUGAAGAAUGAUUUUGGUGAAGAUGAUGUGUUGCAUUUUGCAGUGGCAGAGGCUGACAGCAUUCCGGCUCUGCAACCAUUUAGGAAUAAAUGUGAACCUGUGUUUCUUUUUUGUGUUAAUGGCAAAAUUAUUGCAAUAGUGAGAGGUGUAAAUGCUCCUCUUAUAAGUAAGAAAAUAACCGAGCUAGUGCAAGAAGAGAGGAAAAUUGCAGCUGGACAGAAGGAACGCUCUGAGGUAGAAGAACUUGUUUUCCUAGAAGAGAAAUCAUCAGAAGAGACUAUUGAGGAGAAUGUACCAGAAGAAGUAGUCAGAUAUUCUGUUGGAAUUAUAAAACCUGAUGAUGUCUUACAGGGACGCGUAGAAGAAAUUAAACAAAAGAUUAGAAAUGCAGGAUUUGGCAUUGAAGCAGAAGAAGAGAAAAUGCUAACUGAAGAGCAAAUCAGAGCGUUCUACGCCCGGAAUAAAGAGCAGCCUGAUUUUGAUGAUUUUGUUCAAUUCAUGAUGAGUGGACCAUGCCAUGUUUUGGUAAUCGCUAAAAAAGAAGCAACUGAUCCUAUUCCUCACUGGAAAGAACUACGUAAAUUGAGUGAGAGUGGGCCUGAUGAGCCUGAGAAGCCAGACAGUUUGGAAGGAACCAUGGAAACUGAGAGUAUAUUAAAUAUAUGUGAUGUGCAAGACAGUGUAGAAGAUGCCAGCAGGCAACUUGCCUUCUUUUUCCCAAAUUUUGAUAAAAACAAGACAGAGCAAAAAGCUGAAAAGACUUUGGCCUUAAUUAGACCUUGUCUGUUAAAGGAAAGACGGAAUUCUAUCAUGCAGAGAAUAAAGGAUGAUGGCUUCAAAAUAGCAAUGCAGAAAGAAAUAAUCUUAUCUGAAGAACAAACACGUGAAUUUUACAAAGAGCACGAAAAUGAAGACUAUUUCCCAAUCCUUCUAGAGCAAAUGACCAGUGGUCCAACUCUAGUACUUGCUCUAACACGAGAAAAUGCUAUAGCACACUGGAGAGAUCUAUUAGGCCCAAAGACUGUUGAAGAGGCUCAGAAGGAAAAUCCAAACAGUUUACGUGCAAAGUAUGCAGUCAACAAUGUACCUAUUGGUCAGCUGCAUGGUAGUUCUACGCCCGAUGAUGCUCAGAAGGAAUUACAGUUCUUCUUCCCUCAGGAGCACACACUGGCGUUAAUCAAACCUGAUGCUGCUAAGAAGCAUAAAGAUGACAUUAUGCAAAAAGUUAAAGAUGCUGGAUUUACCAUCUCAAAGAUUAAAGAAGAAGCUUUGACUCGUGAAAUGGCUACACAGUUUUAUAAGGAUCACUCAGGAAAACCCUUUUUUGAAGAGUUAGUGACUUGUAUGACUGAGGGUCCAUCGGUGGUAAUGAUCUUAACCAAGGAAAAUGCUGUGGAAGAGUGGAGGCAACUAAUGGGUCCAGCUGAUCCUGAAGUGGCAAAAGAGACCUCUCCCGAAUCAAUUCGAGCUCAGUUUGCACGAGAUAUUUUGUGCAAUGCUGUUCAUGGAUCAUCUAAUAGAAAACAUGCACUGGAAAGCAUUGAGUGUGUAUUUGGAGAGAUUGAUAUAGAUUGA